AUGACUCAUUGAAUGUUGAGUGAUAUUUUUAGCGUUUAUUUUCAGCGUACUCGAUGGAACUGAUGGAGUGAUCAAAUUUGCCAAUGGCAACAAUGUCAGUCUGUCUUUGGCUCUGGAAUCGCAGACAAGGGAACGUGACAGUGCUCGCAUUCACACCACUACCAUCAGCGACUACAAGGGCGAUAUUCGUGCUCUGAAAGGACGUUUCCUCGCGGUUCAGGGAGAUCUUAUUGCUUUCCGAUUCUUCAAUGAGAACACGGGUGACGUUAUUCGCAUAAUCAACAGAGUUUCAAGAAAUCGUCGUUUGAUCAAGGGUUUUUCGAAAGCUCCAGUGGAUCUUCGCUUUGCCACUCAUCUUCCUCUCCUUGCCGUUGUAGAUGGCGAGUCCAACCUUCACGUUUAUUCGGUCACUGCUGACUGCCAGGAUGUAGAAACUUACAUAACUAUCAUGAACUGGCCCGAUGGUAGCUCGGAUAGUACUCCACGCGUUGUAUGGUGCCCUUACGUAGCUGAAAAUCCUUCUGAUCCUUCGGAUGUAGUCAACAUGGUGGCACUUUUCAAGGUUUGGGAGGUUUCGAUCUGUAACAAUUUUUUUAUUUACUAA